AUGGCUUUGUGGCUAUGCUGUCUCCAGCUCCUGGCAUGCUCCAUGGUUGCUGGAAACUGGGUGGAGCUGACGCCGCCUUCAGGUGGUCCGAGACGACUGAGCAGGAUGACAGCAGUUUGGGACACUGUGGAGAAAGGACUGUUCUUGUUCGGAGGCCUCGGGCAAGGGCCUCAAGGAGCCGAUGUUGGAUGGGGCUACCAAAACUACCUUUACUUCUACAGUGUCACCUUGAACCUCUGGAGCAUCAAGUCUAGCGAUGGGGCGCCAGUGCAGCGCCAGUUCCAUACAGCGGUGCUGGAUCCGGUGGAUCGGGUGAUGUACGUGUUUGGAGGACAGAACGAGAGUGUUAACAACAAUGAUGCGCAGUCGACCUUCUCUGACUUAUUUGGCUAUGAUCUGGCUAAUGACACUUGGGCGGAGCUGACUGGAAGCAAGCCACGUUCCAGGCACAGCGCAGUUUGGGACACUGACUCACACCGCAUGAUCGUUUAUGGUGGUAUUUCUGAUGUUCCCUCUGAUAGAUACGAUGACGUGGAGGUGUAUGAUCCAAGCAACGACACCUGGAGCUCCCUUACUGUAGUCGGGGCGAAGCCGCUUUCGCGCUUCGGGCAUGUUGCAGUCUGGGAUUCGGUUUCGAGCGUGAUGCUGAUGUGCUGUGGACGUGGAGGGACGCAGGUUUUCAUUCCAUUUACUAACAUGACAGACUCGACGUACAACGAUUUGUGGAGCUUCUCCGAACAGUAUGGAUGGACACUUUUGGUGGCAUCUGGCAGUCUUACGCAGCGAAGGGGUGCUGGGGCAGUUUGGGAUUCAAGUGCAGGCAAUUUCAUAGGAUUCGGAGGUGAGUAUGCCGGCGUCAUCCAGGCCACGCUGUUCCUCUACUCGAAUGUGAGUGGCUGGAGCGAGUACGCAGUCAGCGGGCCCGGCGGCCGCUACGGGCAUGCAAUGUGCUGGGAUCCUGAUGGAAAGAAAAUCUAUAUAUAUGGAGGGAUAGGUGACAGCGGCACCGUUGAUGAAUUCUGGCGGUUGGACUCAGUUGUAACGUCUACAUCAAGCAGCAUAACCCGCACGACGUCAACUCUGAGUGUGACCUCUAGUAUCACUACUUCAUCCAGCAUGACUCUCAGUUCCACAAGCACAAGCAAAACGUCCAGUCUCACGACAUCCAGUCGCACGACGUCCACCACUGUUUCACGAACUUCCACUUCGACAGUCUCCCUGACAUCCUCGUCGACAACUCAGAGCCUAUCCUCCACCCACACCACCAGCACUUCUGACACGAUUUCCAGCUCCACGACGAGAACCCAAAGUUUUACCUCCACAUCCACGUGGUCCACCACCACAUCGGGGAGCACCUCGCAAACGUUCACCACCACAUCGAGGAGCAGCACCCCGACCACUUCGCAAACUUUAACCACCAAGUCGAGCAGCAGCAGCACCACGACGAGGUCAAUCUCAAGCACCGGCCUCACAAGCUCCGCAACUGUCUCCAGCUCAACAUCAACUAGCAGCAGGAGUGUUACCAUCAAAUCCUCAACUUCGACUUCGACGAGCCUGCAAACUAGUUCCUCAACUUCAAGUUCUACGUCGUCCGCGACAAGUUCAAGUUCGCCCACAACUCUCUCAACAUCAUUCACAACAAGGAGUGAGACAUCCACCGAAACUACGAUCCAGAAUGGUGCUGGAACAAGCAGCACGUCAUCAAGUUCAUCAGCAACGAUGCACACGUCCACAUCUACGCCUGCACCCACUUCAUCUUCUUCGUCAACAUCGUUGACCACCAGCUCGACGUGGGAUGAAACGGUUGACACUGUGGCGGUGAAGCUUACAGAAGUUGAAGAAGCGGAACAACAUACUUUGCAGGGGCUUCUGUCCCUCCUCGAAGAUACGUCGGUGACUUCGAAUGCCUCGAAUGCUUCUAGUGGAGUUCUCGGCUAUAUCUUCGCUGAGGAGGAAGAAGCCGCGGUACAUGCAUGGGCCUUGAGCAGCCCUUCCGUUUCGGACACCCCUCUGGCAUCUGCGCUGACUUUGGAUGCAGACACGGUGGGCCUGGCUGUGCCACUGGAGUCACUGGCACAAGUGGCAGAGCUGGCAGCGGCAGCGGGUGGCGAGCAAGAGGUAGUCCUGCUCACCAUCUCUACUUUUCAGGCCACUUCUGCGCUCAAUGUGAGCCAGAGGGCCCUCGUCGCGGACCCGGUGCGCGUGAACUUCCGAACAGCGGGAGGCCAGCGCCUUCGGGUGCAGGCACUGAGGCAGCCGCUGGAGUUGAGAUUUCAGCAUGUGGCGGUGGCGGCUGGGGAGGGCGGCCGUCAAUUCCAGUGUGCGUUUUGGGACGAGGAGAAUGGCCGCUGGUCAAGAGAUGGCGUUCAGCGUUCGGAGGACACGGAAGCGUUUGUUUGCCUGGCGAACCACUUGACCCUCUUCGGCGUUGUCCUGGAUGCAGUGGCACUGGCCUUCCACUGCUCCACAGCAUCGGACGUUCUCUCGGCAGCCAGCUUCCAGAAUAUGAGCAGGACGCAGUGGCUUGCCUACCCCGCGUCGAUCUUCUCCUUUGUCUUUCUUGGGGUUUGCCUGGCUGCGAUGCUUUGGGGCCUGCGUUUGGAUCGCAAAGCCGCGAGAGCUUUGCCCGAGUCGGAUGUGGAAGCCGUUCUUCUGGUGAACCGCGCUGAGAAGAAGGUGACAUGGGAACCGGAUUGGCAGAAGCACCGCCACAGUGCAUUCUGCUGCUGGUGUCUUGCUAAGGCCUGUGACGGAUUCGCCUGGCUAGUAAGCACUAUCUUCGAGUUCCAGGCCACCGAUUCGCUCGCUGAGUUCACGAAGCCGCAGGAGGCUACUGUGAGCCGAUGCAUAGCUUUGCUUCACUCGCAGAAAGCAGGAGCUGACCGAAAAAGCAUCUCGGCAGUGCUGACAUCGAGCGGCGAGCGAAAGCUCCGUCGUCGGGGUGCUUCGGAGAGUCCGCAGAGCAUGCAGGGGGAGCAGAGCACCACCUCCAAAGCAUCGCAGGCCACUGCGAUGGUCCAGUCUUGGGAUGUACACUCUCAUGGUGUCUGGGCAGUGAACCGGUACCUGUCCGCCUCGUGGUGUCGACGGGUGAUGAUUCUGCUGCCUUGCUUACACCCUUGGGUGAGGCUUGCUCUGCUGAGCCUCUUCAAGUCUCAUACGAUGCGAGCUGCUUUGGUCGUCCUGAAACUUUCUACAUCGGCGUUUGCAAAUGCUCUGUUCUUCACUACUGCAGCACAGACGGCAGACUCCGACGACGAAUGCGCAGAACAAGAGUCGCUGGGUCAGAAGCUCUUGACGGCUACCGUUGUGGGUAUCUCCUCCGCAUGCAUGAGUGAUGUUCUAGUCAUUUGUCUUGCCUUGCUUCAGCGACGCACAGUUCUGAUACGGGAUCUCUGGACAGAGGAGAUGAAGGUCAGGCAAUUACGUCGCUGGCUCCUCAGACGACGACUCUUCUGGUGUGUUUGGACUCUGGCUUUCGUCUUCUCCAUCCUCUACAUAUUGUCCUUCCUUGCCAAUGUGAGUGAAGCAGAUGCUGCAAAGUGGCUGGAAAGCAGUGGGGUCAGUUUUCUGCAAGACCUUUUGCUUAAACCCGCGCUGAUGGCCAUGGGCUAUGCGACGCUGACAACCUUCGUUUUGUGCUGCUCUCCACGUGUGAAAGACGCGAUACUGAAUCAGUGGAUACAAGCAGAUGAGGAUGUCGACGAAAGUGUGGCAGAGGACACCGUUAGCUUGAGCUUUCCUGCUGGAGAUUCGAUUGGUGUGGAUGAGACCGAGUCAGAUCAUGAAGAACUCGUCCAAACAACAUUUCUUGGAGAUUCGGCUGGUUUGGAUGAGACCCAGUCAGCUCAUGAAGAAAUCGUUCAAACAACAUUUUUUGGAGAUUCGGAUGAGACCGAGUCAGUUCAUGAAGAGAUCGUCAAAAAAACAUGGCUUUGA